CAUUCAUAUAAACGAACAGAGAAGCCUCUUACAUGACUCCUUCUUCGGUCGUUCUUCAUCCGUCAGCUGAGCUUAGGGCACAGAUUUCUAUUGCGUCGGAGCUCAGUGAGUGCCUGGUCAGAAUUACGUGUGCAAUUGCUUUCUACAGUUGACAUCUACCUCGCGCGGGGAAGUCCUAGGGUUUGUGGCCUACCAUGGAUGAGGAGAGGUUCGACUCGAGAGCUGAGGGGUGCGAACCGAUGGAAAUACAUGACGAUUUCGAAGACAAUGGGGAUGACAGGUCCAAGGAAUCGAGCAGGCAUCGCAGAGGGGAUCGCAGCCGGAGGGAUGAGAAGGAUCAGCGGAGUAAGGAACGGGACAGGGAGUUGAAGGAUGAUAGAGUUUCGAGCAGAGAUAGGAGGAAGGAGGACAGGGACGAGCGGGAUAAGGACAGGAGGAAGGAUCAGAGGGAAGACAGGGACAAGCAUCGGGAUAAGGAGCGGGAGCGCGAGAGGGAGAGAGAUAGAGAUCGAAAGGACAGGGCGAAGGAGAGGGACCGGGAGAUUGAUAAGGAGAAUGAUCAUCGAAGCCGUGAUAAGGAGAGAGGGAAGGAGGAUAGGAGUAAAGAGAAAGGUGGCAGGGAGAAGGACAGGGACAGAGAGAGGGACAGAGUGAAGGAGAAGGAGAGAGAGCAUCAUAGAGAGAGAGAUGGGGACAAGGAGAAGGAUAAGGAGAGGGUGAGCAAGAAAGGGGAUGAAGCGCAUCAUCAUGAUGAUAGAGUGAAGUUAGACCGUGAGCAAGAUGGCAAUGUUGCUGGGCACGAGCAGAACUCCCCCUCGGAUGGAGCAAGAAUGUCUACAUCUGUGAUUGAGGCGCGCAUACUUAAGGCAAAAGAAGAAAGGGUAAAGCAAAACUCUGAAGGUGUUUCCGAAGUAAUGGAUUGGGUUGGUAGGAGCCGGAAGCUUGAGGAGAAAAGAAAUGCAGAAAAAGAGAAGGCUGCACAACUUGCAAAACUAUUUGAGGAACAGGACAAUAUUGAAGAAGAUGAGGGGGAGGAUCGCCAGACAUCUCAUCAUUUAGCGGGUGUCAAAGUACUUCAUGGCCUUGAUAAGGUUAUUGAAGGUGGUGCUGUGGUUCUGACAUUGAAAGAUCAAAGCAUACUUGCCGAUGGGGACAUCAAUGAAGAGGUUGAUAUGCUGGAGAAUGUCGAAAUCGGAGAGCAAAAACGGAGGGAUGAGGCUUACAAAGCUUCUAAGAAGAAAACCGGUGUCUAUGAUGAUAAAUUCAGUGAUGAUCCAGCAUCAGAGAAGAAGAUACUUCCACAGUAUGAUGAACCCGUUAAGGAUGAGGGGGUUACUCUUGAUGCAAGGGGACGCUUGACUAGUGAAGCUGAGAAGAAACUGGAAGAGCUCAGAAGAAGGCUGGAAGGUGCUUCAACAAGCAGCCACUCUGAGAAUCUCACCUCAACUUCGAGGGUGUCAUUGGAUUACUACACUCAAGAAGAAAUGGUACAAUUCAAAAAGCCCAAGAAAAAGAAAUCAUUGAGGAAGAAAGAGAAGUUGGAUUUAGAUGCCCUUGAAGCGGAAGCAAUUUCUUCUGGGUUGGGUGCUACGGAUCUUGGAUCUCGUAAUGAUGCACGGAGGCAGGCUAUCAGAGGACAGCAAGAGAGAUUGGAGGCUGAAAGGAGAAAUAAUGCAUAUCAAGCAGCUUAUGCGAAAGCAGAGGAGGCAUCUAAACUAUUGCGGCUGGAGCAAAAUCUUCCUGUCAAAAAGGAGGACGAAGAUGAUGCAAUUUUGGAUGAUGAUGAAGAUUUUUACCAGUCUUUGGAAAGAGCAAGAAAAUUAGCUUUGAAGAAGCAAAAAGAAGAGGAAGUUUCUGGUCCUAAAGCGAUUGCAUUCCUUGCUACUACCACUCCCAGCACCCAGACAGCUGAAAAUCAAAAUCAAGCUGCAGCAGAAGCGGAGGAGAACAGAGUUGUCAUUACUGAGAUGGAAGAGUUUGUUUGGGGUCUCCAGCUUAAUGAAGAAUCUCGUAAGCCUGAUAGUGAAGAUGUCUUCAUGGACGAAGAUGAAGUACCGGUUGCAUCUGAUAACGAACAGAAGGAUGAGGCUGGUGGACCGACAGAAGUUAAUGAAACUAGAAAUGAUGACAGCUCCUUUGAUGAGGACAAGGAGGAGAUAGCUCCAGACGAAACAAUUCAUGAAGCAGCUGUAGGGAAAGGUUUGUCUGGGGCACUGAAGCUUCUAAAGGAGCGGGGGACACUCAAAGAAACCAUUGAGUGGGGUGGUAGGAACAUGGACAAGAAAAAGAGUAAGCUCGUUGGCAUCAUAGAUGAUGAAGGAACUAAAGAGAUCCGAAUUGAGAGAAGAGAUGAAUUUGGCCGAAUUCUAACCCCUAAAGAAGCAUUCCGUUCGCUGUCACAUACGUUCCAUGGCAAAGGGCCUGGAAAGAGGAAGCAAGAGAAACGUAUGAAGCAAUACCAGGAAGAGUUGAAGUUGAAGCAGAUGAAAAAUGCAGACACUCCAUCUCUGUCUGCCGAGAGGAUGCGAGAGGCUCAGGUCCAGAUGAAGACACCUUAUCUGGUGCUCAGUGGACAUGUGAAGCCUGGUCAAAACAGUGAUCCAAGAAGUGCUUUUGCCACGAUCGAGAAAGAUACAGGGAGCUUGACACCCAUGCUUGGUGAUAGAAAGGUUGAGCAUUUCCUGGGGAUCAAGCGCAAGCCCGACUCUUCCGAGAAUAUGGGACCACCAAAGAAGCCGAAAACAUGAUAACUUUCUUUGGGAAAUUUCCUGAAAUUGACUCUGCCGAGAUUGUGGCUGCUCGCUUCAACUGCUGCAACAUCAUAAUCGAAGACCAUUUCAACAUUUGUGGGAAGAAUUAUGCUCUGAAUUGAAAUCCUCAAGUGGCCCCCAGCGGAAGGGCAAAUCUUCUGAAAGAGUGAAAUACUCUUUGCUACCAAAAAAAAAAGAAGAAAAAAGAAAAGUAAUACGCUUUGCCAUAUUGACAUCACGUACAAAUAAUUGCCCCCUUUUUAUUUGUUGAAUCCCUGGAUAUUUUUCCGUAUAUAUGGCAAGCAUAUCUUGGCUUCAGUGAGCCGACAAACCAA